CCGAGUUAUCCUCACAAGGGUCGCACGGGGUGCUGGAGCCUAUCCAAGCAGUCUUUGGGCAGUAGGCGGGGGACACCCUGAACCGGUUGCCAGCCAAUCGCAGGGUACACAGAGACGAACAACCACCCGCGCUCACACUCGCACCUAGGGACAAUUUGGAGUGGGGUUUUUUUUGGACCCCUCUCCACUUGCCUGUGCCCCAUGAGGAGGCAAGAAGUAAUGUUUCCCACUGUUCACAUUCAUCCUGUUGAUUUUCCCCCGGAGUGCGGCAGGACCACCAUUGCAAACAGAGCUGUUAAAACAGAUGCAAGUAUUUCUGUGGGAUGCUGGGAGGCCUCUGCUGGCAGCCACUUAAUACGAUAUGUGCCUGUAAGAUGAAGUCACAAACAUCGCAACUGUAGUUGACUCCCACUCGCCAGGCAGCACAGACAAGGCAUUAUUUGGAGUACCAGCUGGUACCACGGGCUCCUCAUCCUCCUCGUGUCUUUAUCUGUUGGUGACCCACAAAUCGGGACAUGGAUCGAAAAUGGAAACGCAAACCUGUGAUUGUCAUUUUGAGAUACGUCUUCACGCUCAGCUUUUGUACAUUUGCUUCUGCUCAAAGGGUCUGCACAGUGCCUGCUGGGCCUGUUCCUGUUCCAGAGAACAGCACUGCUGACCUCCAGGUGGUAAAAAUAAGCUCCGGUAGUGACGUAACACUGACUGUUGUGAGGAAUCCUGAAGAAAUGUUUUACCUGAAAGGCAAAACCCUGAUGGUGAAGAAAGAACUGGACUAUGAGGCUUUACCCAACAGAGCAGCUCUGGUGGUGUGGGUACAAUGCAGCAGACCAGGCUCCAAAUCUGUCAAUGAGUCUGUCGAAGUAUUGGUGGAAAAUAUAAACGACAACCCCCCAAACUUUGCUCAGAAUAACUACAUUCUGGAAGUAAAUGAGCUUACUCCUGUCAAUUCCAGUGUUGGACUGAUAGAAGCCUCUGAUGCUGAUUCUGAACCACUAUUUUAUCGCUUAGAGUCUGCCAUGGAUAAAUAUUUCCGUCUGGAGAACAUCAACACUCCAAAAUUACUUGUCAAAAGUGUGAUGGACUACGAUGUUGUCCAGAAAAUCUCACUGGUGUUACACGUACAGGACACGUUCAAUGGUUCAGCCUCCAAUGAGCCAUUCUUCACCUCCGUGACCACCAUCACGGUGCAUAUAAAGGACGUAGAUAACCGUCCGCCCUGGUUUCAGCCUUGUUUGAGGACUAAUUUAGGGCUUGCCAAGCUGUGUGUGAGCGCUGGUUACAGAGGCAAAGUCAAUCUAACGGAGAAGGAGGAAGGCCCGCUGAUGCUGGAACCCGGACCGGUUUUUGCAAAAGAUGGAGACAAGAAUAGAAGUGAACAGAUCAGCUACCGGAUUUUAAGAGGGAAUGAAGGAAAUCUAUUCCAGAUAGAUGAGGACACAGGGAAUAUCAGCAUGACUAAAGCUGCUGAUAUUGUGGGCCCAAUAACGCUCAUCGUUCUGGCAUCACAAGUGACCAACCGGGAUCAGUUUGCUGUGACGCAGGUGACCUUUGAUGUGACGAAGAAGAGCAGAAACCCUCCUCACUUUGAGAAGGAGCGUUACGAUGGCUUUAUCUACAGCAACUCCAUACCUGAGAGCAUGAUCCUCAGGGACCGCAGUAGCAACAGACCCUUUAGAGUCCGAGCGCGAGAUGAGGACUUUGCCAGUGGUGUGAAUCCGGACGUCAAAUAUGAGGUGCAGUACAGCAGUUACGUCAACGUGACCUCAGAUGGUUUUGUGAUUCUGAAGAGAGUCGUCAAGACGGAGUCAUUUGCUCUCCAGCUUCGAGCAGUGGACACAACAACAGGAGAAUUUGGUACAGCUGCCCUUUCUGUUCAGGUCAUACCUGCCGAUGCCAUGCCGUCCCCUUCGAAUGUUGGCUACCGUGCGGGUGACAUGGCACUCCUCGGGCUGGUUAUGGCGGCUUUGCUGGUCCUCUGCCUCAUUGUGAUUGGCUUCUUGAUUUCUCGCCUACGGAAGGGCAACUCCAGCUUGGACAAAUUAUGUGAGUGCUUGGUCUGUCUGAAGUCUGAGCCGCCAAAUAGGGGCCGCAGAGACUCCCUGCAGUACACCAAUGACGGGUUCCAGAACGAGGCCGACGCAAGCCGUGGCCGAUGGAAGAACGCCAUUCCCAGACGGAACACCUUCCCCGGGGGGCGAGUCAUACCCCUGGGGAAACGCAACCGCCAUUGUUCCUCCUGCGGCGUCUUUACUAACCACGCCUCCAAAGGGAGUCCCUCGGUAAGACACUCAAGGAGAGGCAGAGGAGAUGGAGGUGAUUACAGCUCAAGGUCCACCUUGGCCAAGCAGAGGAGGAAGGAAGGGCAGAAGACCGUGUGGUUCAAGGAAAUCGAGGACUCCUCCGAUAUUGAGGUGGAGAUUAUCCCGGACACCGUGGGCCGGGUAGAGGAGGAGACGCAGGAGGAGCUGGAAGGGGAGUUGCUGAUGGAGGCAGUCGUCAAAGACCCUGCUGCCCCACGCACAGAAUCCCAUGAUGGGCAGGAAAGCCACAGCGCGGAGCCCAGAGCUGAACAGGACAAUGGUAGUACUACUACCUCGGAAAAGAAGAAGGAAGUGCAGGAAGGGCUCGAUGAGCCAGAUGGCUGACAGGACAUUUAGCUCGAGUCGGUGUCACUAUUGGAUACUUCCGUCAGCCAAGGUCUGAACAGUCCAGUCCACAAAGACUGCAAAACCUUUAACUAAAGAUCCAAAGGUAUGGAUUUACUACUGUGAGUUUCUUUGAAUUUUGUGUUCACACACACAAACACGUAGGCAUCGACACACGUAUCGAAUUGAUUUUAUUCUGACGAUGCCUACUCAAGUUGAUGCUUCAAAGUUUUACCAGCUCAACGCCUAGUUUAAUGUCGGAGAAUUUUCUAAAUUUGUCAAGUGAACUAAACUGAACUGUCACUUAUGAUUGGGGGAAAAAAGAAAAACAGACAAUCUUUACACUUUUACUUAAAAUAUAAACAUAUACUGUAUAUUUCCCAUAAAACACACGUUUUUAGAGAGUAGUUAUUGUUGCUGUAUGAUUAAUAUUUGAAAAUGUGCACUAUUACAAUGUUUGACACUAACAAACUACUGAUUUUAUAAUUGGCUGGUUGGUGCUACU